AUGCUUCCCAAGCAUGAAUUCGAAGAAGUCGUGCGCCCAGCAUCUCCCCAAGAGGAUGGAAACGUCGCCCCCGAAAGACAGUCCAUCUUCCGCCGUAGUACCUAUCACGGCGCACUCGCUUUCAAUAUUGCCGUGUUUGUGCUCCCCGCCCUCUACGGCACGCUUUCCAAGCUCUGGAUUGUCAACGUCGACUCUUCCUUGGUUAUUACCACGGAUAUGUACACUUACAUUGGUGUUGUGGCCGAGGUCCUCAACGAAGGUCUUCCACGCGCGGCAUGGUCUAUUCUAGGGCUUAUCAUAAGUAUCGCAUUCGUGACCGGCACAGAAACAUUCGCCAGAGGCUUUAUCCCAGCCGAAGUCCGCAACGUAAGCAUCACCUACGUCCAUAUCGGAGCAUUAAGCGCGCUAAGCAGUGCGAUAAAAACUACUAUCUCAUCGGCCACGAGAGCACUGGAUCUUCCUGACGUGCCCCUCAUCAUCAGCUCUAUCAAGUUCGCCAUCAUCAUCGUUCUGGACCUGCUGUUCAUUCAAUUCCAAGGUGCACGUUGGAUCGCACUGGCCGACAGUCAAUAA